AACCCACGCCAGAGAAGCCCAUGUCAGGUUGCUGUUGAUCUGACGCUCUGCUGCGCACAAGGUGUUCGAGGAAAUAUGAUGACUUCGGGAUCAAGAUCUGAUGCAUUCAAUCAGUCCCAUGUGUCUGACCAUGAACGAAGACUGAAUGAGCUGAAAUAUAAAGUCAGAGAAGUUAAUCUACCACAAAUGGAAUGCAUCAAUGUUAUGAAACAAAUGAAAACAGAAGCUUCAAACAGGGAUAAAUUAAAACACUUCACUAUGAAUUCCGGAGCUGAAGGAGAUGUUGACUUAAGGAGCCAUGAGGGAAGUGGUGAGGAAACUGAAUCAGAAGAUGGAGAAGAUGGCGCUGAACAUGGUGAUGAAACUGAAUCGGAAGAUGAAGAAGGUGAGUCUGGACAAGAAGAUGAACAUGAAGAAGAAGAGGAAGUUCGACAAGAACAGGAGCAAACACAUGAAGUUGUAGAGAAGACUAGAAGAGGACCUACUCACAUGAGGCGCUUCUGGAAAGAACAUGAUGUUGAUAACAAGAUCAAUUUGAAGUUCAACAGAUUUGGUCAGCCAUGUGGUUUGAAGACUUGCAAGCUGACAAAUUUUAUUGGAACCCUAGUGAAAGGAAAAGAAAUGUCCUUAGCUGCUCAAAACUGGAGCAAAGUACCAAAGUUAGAGAAAGAAAAGUUGUGGGGUUCUAUCCAGGCUUUUUUCAACAUUGAUGAGUCAUACAAAAGAUGGGUGUUGAGAUCAGCUAGUAAAAAAUGGAAAGACUUCAAGGUUGUUUUAAAGAGGAAAUACUACAAAGCUGAUUUGUCACGGGCACGGAAUAUUCUUAAUGGUUGUGAUAACAGAAUUCCAAUUGGACAGUGGGAGUGGCUAGUAAAACACUGGAGAACAGAGAAAGCUAAGGAAAAAUCUGAGAGAAACAAAGCCACUCGGGCAUCGCAACUCGAGGGAUGCAACGGGACCCACACCGCUGGGUCACGAAGUUUUGCAGUUGUCCUUGAUCAAAUGAAUUCCAGAGCUGAAGAAGAUGUUGACUUAAGGAGCCAUGAGGGAAGUGGUGAGGAAACUGAAUCAGAAGAUGGAGAAGAUGGCGCUGAACAUGGUGAUGAAACUGAAUCGGAAGAUGAAGAAGGUGAGUCUGGACAAGAAGAUGAACAUGAAGAAGAAGAGGAAGUUCGACAAGAACAGGAGCAAACACAUGAAGUUGUAGAGAAGACUAGAAGAGGACCUACUCACAUGAGGCGCUUCUGGAAAGAACAUGAUGUUGAUAACAAGAUCAAUUUGAAGUUCAACAGAUUUGGUCAGCCAUGUGGUUUGAAGACUUGCAAGCUGACAAAUUUUAUUGGAACCCUAGUGAAAGGAAAAGAAAUGUCCUUAGCUGCUCAAAACUGGAGCAAAGUACCAAAGUUAGAGAAAGAAAAGUUGUGGGGUUCUGUCCAGGCUUUUUUCAACAUUGAUGAGUCAUACAAAAGAUGGGUGUUGAGAUCAGCUAGUAAAAAAUGGAAAGACUUCAAGGUUGUUUUAAAGAGGAAAUACUACAAAGCUGAUUUGUCACGGGCACGGAAUAUUCUUAAUGGUUGUGAUAAUCGAAUUCCAAUUGGACAGUGGGAGUGGCUAGUAAAACACUGGAGAACAGAGAAAGCUAAGGAGAUGGUAGAGGGUAGGGAAAUUGGGCGUGCCGAGCUUUACGUGGUUACGCAUACAAAAAACAAUGGAUAUCCAGUCAACCAACAAAGCGGAGUAAAAAUGGAUGAAAUUAAAAAAAGGAUUCGGGAAGAUCCUUCUUUGAUUGGUGAGGAGGCCCGUAAUGGUGAUCUUUAUUCAUCAAUUUUCCCAAAAGGAAAGAAAGGAAGGCCAAGUGGCCUUGGUCUAUUAGUAGAUGGAGUCGCUUCGGAGCGCCUUGCUCAAGUUGAAGCUGAACUACAUUCCCAGCAUGGUCGCAGAGUUAAUGGAGAAUCCAUCCCAAGAGAUCGCACGUACGUAGUGGAUGAUCAGAACCCAAGGGCCAAGGCGACCCAUGCAGGAUGCUGCUAG